ACUUCUGUCUCUUGGCUCGGUGUCACUCGCUGGGGAAGCCCAGGGGAUGGCGACGUGGUUGAAGACACUUUAUGGGCUAUAGUGUGCUGGUGUGCCUCGGGCAAAACGAGGCAGGACAAGCAAGGUGGUGGGGAGGGAGGGGGAGUGGGGCUUGUGAAUGCAUACAAGGAAAAUGAUGCUGAAGACUGCUGUGGGCGUUGUGCUGCUCGCCAUGGUUAUGGGCGCAAUGGCGCGGUCGUCGAUUUACAGCAACAACCGGCCGUGGACUGCGUACGCGUACGACCAGGUGUCGAACAACAUGGUCAUUGCGUUCUCGCCGAUGCAGACGCAGUACGGACUCUCGUUUGGUCUGGAGACGCGGAUGUGCGACGGGCCGGACAACUGCGGUGACUCGCAGACGACGUACGAGGUUGCCAAGUGCAUCCGCGAUGGGACUGCGCAGGCUGUGGUUGAGGACAUCUCUGUCUACGUGCCGUCGACGCACAACGUGUUUAACGGGCAGUACAUGCUGUACACCGAGUACAACCCGAACCUCUCUGGCGACGCGUCGACGCCUGCGGCGAACAACCUCCGGUUUGAGUACUGCCCGGCCCUCGGGUGUGCACACUCUGUGGUGAACAACUACCCGCGGACGAUCCUGGAAAACGCAUACUGGCCGGCGAUGACGUUUGUUCAGGCUGCGCUGGGCAAGAAGGUGCCCGCGAUCGGGUACGUCACCAUUCCCAAGGCGAUCGGCUCGCUCCCGUCGGUCGACCAUGUCGGCGAGCUCACGGUCACGGUCUGCUCCAAGGUUGACUGCGACGCGCAGACCGACGCGACCAAGACGGUCAUCGACUCGUGCCGCGGCGCGGACGAUGCUGGCUCGCCCAUGUGCGCUGGCGUCUCGAUGACGACAGUCGACCAGAAGGCGCUCAUCCUGUACUACGGGCCGAGCCUCAACCAGGGUAGCGACGGCAUCUGGCUCAAGACGGCGUACUGCGGCGACUUGAACUGCAGCCCGAAGACCAACGUCAUCACUGACCAUUACCAGGUGCUCGAGGAGGUCAAGCCGUUUGCUGGCGACUCGAUCAUCAUGACCCGCAACGGCGGCUUCCCCGCCUUUGUCCACGUCAAGUCGGACGGCGAGCUGUACCUCACCCGCUGCUCUGUCUACGACUGUCAGACCACGACCGAGGAGCCUGUGUCCAGCGGCCUGUUCUCGCAGUCGCAGGCUGAGCCGCACAUGGCGAUGUCCCACAACGACAACCCGGUCAUCAUCUGGAUCCGUGAGGUCAAGGUUCAGGGCACGACCAAGCGCGACAUCAUGAUCGUGUACUGCGACGACGAGGCCUGCACCACCCGGAGCUCACCCGAGGCCAUCACCGACUGCGCCGGCAACACCUGCUCGCCAAGCCACCCGCGGAUCACCGCCGUCGCCGACGACUUUAUGGUCAUCUCGUACUGGGACACCGUCCACUCGAAGGACUUUAUGGUCAUGUGCACCAACACCACGUGCACACCCGAAGAGAUCGCCAACCCCAUUGAGGUUGAUACCACCUGGGGCGACGGCGAGUGCACUGGCCUCUUCCCGGCUCCCAGCUCCUCACCCAAGAAGAAGUCCAACGCUGGCGCCGUCGCGGCCGGCGUCAUCAUCUCGCUCAUCGCCCUCGCCGGCGUCGCCGUCUUUGCCUACUGGUUCGCCGUCGUCCGCCAGGGCGGUCGCUGGCCGUGGGAGGGCAUUGCCCAGCCCAAGGGUCUUGACUCGUACGCCGAGCUCUAAUCCAGCCCCCCUCCCCCCCCCCAGUCCCGAGCCCUCCUGGAUUGAAAGUCCUGCUUCCGUUA